GCUUUGCUCUGCCUGGCGGCUGCCUGCGCCGUUGGCGUAGCGGCCGCACUUGGCGUAGCGCUGGCAGCGGUGGCCGUGGCGGGGAGCAGCGGUGGCCGUGGCGGCCGUGUGAGGCGAGGGCAGGAGGCUGACCUAAAGACCUGUAAGAAGUGGUUGCACAAGAAGAGGAGGUAGAAGCUGGCAGCUUUCUGAAUGAGCAGCCCACAGACCUAAGGCUUCUUCAGAGACACAAGAUGACUUCCUAUGAGAGAUGCUUUCUGGAGGAAUUCUGUUGAAGACAGAGCACUGUAGCCUCAAACUGGGACAGCUCCUGCUGGUCUGGAGCUGAGACUUAUUUUUCUCCCUUCUUUUUUCCCUUGGAGAUGUUGCAGAGAUACAAUCUGUCCUCUUCCUCCCCACCUGAAGCCUGUCGUGGCAAUGAUCCCACAGCCAGACCCAACCACCAAAGAGAGGAGGAUUGUGCGUUUGAAGCUGGGCCGUCAUUGUAACUGAACUGGAAUUUACUCCCUGCUUACACUCCUGGAACGACCUCUGCCGUUCCCCUGUUUGUCUGUGUGUGUUUUGAGCUGCUCCUCCCUAAUCUUGUUUGGAAUUCCUGGUCCUUCCACACUGAAUCUGCCCAUGGCUUUCCUGAUGAAGAAAAAGAAAUUCAAAUUUCAGACAAGCUUCACUCUAGAAGAGCUGACUGCUGUCCCCUUUGUGAAUGGGGUUCUGUUCUGCAAAAUCAGGCUGCUAGAUGGAGGAGACUUUGCUAGCUUAUCUAGCAGAGAAGAAGUUCAGGAAAACUGUGUCCGCUGGAAAAAGAAAUUCACCUUCGUGUGUAAAAUGAGUGCCAACCCAGCCACAGGGCUCCUGGACCCCUGCAUCUGCCGAGUAUCUGUCCGAAAGGAGCUGAAGGGUGGAAAAACCUACUCCAAGCUGGGCUUUGCUGAUCUAAAUCUGGCAGAAUUUGCGGGCUCUGGAUCCACUGUCCGUUGCUGUUUGCUGGAAGGAUAUGAUACAAAGAACACCCGACAAGACAACUCUAUCCUAAAGGUCACGAUCGGGAUGUCCCUGCUCUCAGGAGACCCCUGCUUCAAAACGCCUCCUUCCACUGCUAAAUCCAUCACCAUACCGGGACAGGACUCCACCCUGCAGCUGACCUGUAAGGGUGAGGGAACCACAAGCAGCAACAGCAGUUCAGCCACUAUUGGCUCUCUCCGUCAGACCAAGCCAAGACCUACCAUUCUUAGCUCCGGUGUCCUGGAAGAACCAGAUCAGAAUCUGUCCAGUCCAGAGGAAGUCUUCCACUCAGGGCACUCGCGAAACUCUAGCUACGCCAGCCAGCAGUCCAAAAUCUCUGGCUACAGCACGGAGCACUCCCGUUCUUCUAGUAUGUCCGACCUGACCCAUCGCCGGAAUACCUCCACCAGCAGCAGUGCAUCUGGAGGACUUAGUAUGACGGUGGAGUGUCCCGAGGGAGAGCGGGAUCACAAACUAGAGAAGCCACCUCGGCCCCCCAGACCUGGCCUUCUGCUGGAUAGACCCUCCCGGAGGAAAAAGGAUUCAGUGGAGAGUCAUCCAACCAGAGUGGAUGACACUAGGAUUGAUGCUGAUGAUAUAGUGGAGAAAAUAAUGCAGAGUCAGGACUUCACAGAUGUCAGCAAUACUGAAGACAGUAACCUAAGGUUGUUCGUAAGCAGAGAUGGAACAACUACAUUGAGUGGUAUUCAGUUGGGAAACAGGGUCUCAUCUGGAGUUUACGAGCCAGUGGUGAUUGAAACCCACUAAAUGUGAAGAACCGGGUAGAGCUGCUGGAAACGGACCCCCUACCCAGUCUGCUGCCACAUGGAUGCCAAUCUUUACCUCUCUUCAUGCAGCAUUCCAGAAGGGAUUUUUCCACACCCCUCCCCAUACAUUUGCACUGCAGAACUACUCCGAGACCACUCCAAAUCACGCACUUUCCCUGUGUUGGCAUUACCUUCCUCCACUUCCAGUUCUUCCAGUGCCUGCCCUCCCCAUGUUCUGAUGAGAUUCAAGGUAUCUGUUGGGGUUAUCCUUACUCGUAGAGGACUUUGCUCUUUUGGAGUCCCUCACUUCACACAUUCAUUCACAACAGGAGAUUUCUCAGCUUCUGUCUCCCCAAACCAUUGGGUUAUACCACUGUGAACUCUUGAAACCACUGGGGGAGGAGGGAAUCAUUCUAACCAAACUGAGAGCUGCUUUUUGGUGACAUGAUGAGAUAGCUACUUGCAGGAUGCUUUAUUCCACCAAUUCUACAAGGGAACGUCACCUUCCUAGGUAACAGUUUUACUGAGCAAAGUAUGCUGUGGUGUGCACUUCACCUUCCUACCCUUCAAAUCCCCAAACAUCCUCUUCUCAUAGGAAAUAUCUCCCAAAAGUGCAUUUCCAAAAACUACUGCAAUCCAUAUGGGAGUUGAGAAAUGGUUAAAUGCUAAUGCUUGUUAUACCACUAACUGUAUUACCCCCUUCCACUGCUGGGCAUGGAAGGGCAGGGUUCAUCUAUUAGCAUUAGCAAGAGCACUUUAGAGGUUCCAGAUUUUACGUGGAGGAGGCUUGUACUUGCUGUUCCGGGAGCAUAAUCUGUGUUCCCUGGACUGACUCAGCAAAUGGUCACUGUUGAGGCUUGGAAUACAAAGCCUCCUUUUUGGCUCAGGAAGGGAACUGCCUUUCUUGGACCAUGAAAAAGAAUCUUGUUAUCUGAUAACCCUCUCCUGGGCCGGAGCACGAUGCAGUUGACUGUAGUGGUCUCCGUUGUGGUGAUGAUUAACGUUGUCUCUCUUGGCCUGGGCCAGAAAGGGAAUUGCUGUUGGUUGACCUUUCCUGCCCUGUCAGCAGGGAUCUUUGCUUGAUGUGGUUCCUUUCAGGGCUGGGGAGAAGCUCUGACUACGGCAAGAUGAAGCCUCCAUCUUUGCCUUCAAAGGUAGUAUGGAUGUUUUCUGCCAUGUUAACCACAGCAGCUGUUCUUACCUGCUCUGUGGCAAGUGAAUUUUUCUGAUAAGGCUUCAAACUGUUUUCUGGUUGAUCUUUCAAUUGCUCUUCUUUUUUUGAUUUCUGCAGUUGUCUUACACUGUAGCUGCCUCUUUUCCUUGCAGUGUGUGAUGGAGAAUUUAGUCUUUCAGCUCUCACUUAUAGAUUCUCCUGGCAGCUGAAUUGCAAAUGAGGAUCUAUGCAGACUCCAGCCAUGGGCUGUCAGCAGGCUGUGCUUGCAGCUCUUCCUGUACAGAAACUUUCAGCCUAUAAGCUAUUUCUGUGUAGUACCCUUUCCUCUUCGCUGUUGUAUUGUGGUAGCACUCAGCAGCCAUACACUUUGAGUGGUGGCACACUCCAAGGCAUGGCUAGGAAUGUGCCCUGCUCUGGCACACAUGUGCGUGCACACUCACUCGUGCACACACCUGUCCCAUUUGGUAAGGAAAGCCUUGUAACAGAUCACAUUGUUGUUCACAUUCUAGUUAUUAUGAAGGCUUUUUUUAAAAAAGAAACAAAAAAAAAAAAAAAAAAAAAAAAGAUUGUGGUCUCUAUGACCAGAACACAUGCAGAUGAGCUACUAGAAAAGGGGAUUUGGCAGAAGAUUAUAAGAAACCAGAAAUGAAAGCGCCUUGCUUUCUUGCCCUGCAAGCAUGGAGAUGGCUGCAUGGAGAGGGUGCUAGGCAGUGUAGCAAAGCUAUACAGCUGCUUACUCUGUUUUUGUGGUUUCUCUACUCAAGUCAGUAGAUUUCUUUUUAUAGUUGGACAGACCACACAUAGGAUGUGAAUUUUUUCACCCCUUCUCCCUUUCCCUCCAAAGGCAAUUAAAUUUGGAUCAGGGCAAGAAGGGGUAUGGCAACACCUUGGUUUGGUUUAAUGUAGGGAAGCAUUAUUGGAUCUUUUGAGUCUGUCUAAAGCAAAAGCUCUUUCACGCUUGCUGGUGUAUUUAACGGUGAUUUCUUCAUUCAGUCUGGGUAGUUUUGUCACUCACUAGCAGGCUGGUGAGUUCCCUGCUUGGUCUGGGUGAGAUGUGCACUGUUCUUGGGAUGCUGCAUGUUUACAGGAGAGGGAGAACUGGUGGCUUUUCUCUCUUCCUGGGCCUCUGCCAGAAAGCUAGGACUCACCUGACCCCCUGUUCAGGUCGAUGCAAGGGCAGUAGUACUCUCAGACUGUAAUGUGUGUUGUUCUGUCUGGAGAUAGCCAUAGCAGGAGCCAAGGGGCAGGCUGCUACCAAGCACAGAGCACCUGCUGCUCCCCGGGGGCCAGGGAAGCCCUUCUGGAAAUCGGGUCCAGCGUGCUGUCAGUGUGGCAACAGCAAAAAAUAGGCCUUGAAAGGGGCAAAAAUAACCCAGGAAAGAGGCCAAACCCAGCUCAGUUCUGCUGCUUUGCUUCUCUUCCCAUGAAAAACGAUGGUAGUCGCUGUCAGAGCAAUUGGGAACCCAGGGCUCUCUUUCUGGCCUCCAACGGGUGAGUCUGCUGCUCUGAGAUGCUUGCUACUAAGCACGUCCUAAGUCCCCUGUGACACAGAAGAAGGAAUAUCUUUCCAGUGAGGCAGAAGAGGAAGCAGUUGAGCUGUUCAGAAAGCUGGUCUUCAUCUUCCCCAGGCUGGCGAAGGCGUAACUUGCUCUGUCCACAUAGCAGUGGCCAAUUUGGACAUGUCUCUGGCUUCUCUUCCAGCUUGGUGCAUCACUGCUCGCGUUCCCGAUAACUAUGUCUCAUAGGGUGUCUCUUUCUUGUUUCCACAUUAUUGGCUCCACAGAUCCUGGUUUGUAAGUAGCUUUUUAGCUCUCCUGACGCUCAUUUUGAAGAAGAAAGCGGCCCUAGUCGUUCAGCCUAGCACAGCACAGCCAGGGCUGGAGUACCCCGCACAGACAGACCUGUGUAGAGAGGUAGGAGCAGUCUACUUCUAUUUCUAGAUUUCACACUGAGCUCCAGCCACGCAUCCCGUCACAGGCGAUGCCCAGCAGUUCCUGGCUGGUGGUGGGUGCACCUCGUGGUGCUGAAGGAGGCUGGCGUGGACCUGGGGCCGCUUGGCUGGCUGACUUGCUGCCGUCUCUUGCGAAGCUGCGCUCGUGAGCGUUUUUUCCUUGCGGCAUUGCUGCCAUCUGUUCCUUGUUGGACUUUGAAAAUUUAAGCAGCGAAUCAGUUUCCAGACCCAAACCACAGGCUAGUUUCCUUUGUUUUUGUUUUUUGGGUUUUUUUUUUGUCUUGAAAUUUAUUGAAUUUUUUUAUAAACCCAGCAGGCUGGUGUUUUUUGACUGCAUUAUUGUUUCAUUGAUAUUUUAUUCCUGAGGGGCUGAGGGGAGACUUUGCUCCCCAUGUUGUUUCCCUUCUCAGGGGAUUCAGAGAUGAAUUAGAAAAGUUAAAGGACCUUAUUGGCAAGACUUUGCAUCCCCUGCAUCUCUGCCAGUGGCAAGCAGGGCUGCUCAUUCCAAGCUGACCCUAGGAGGGCAGAGCUGGCUCUCUGCUUUGGUCUUGGGGCCAGGUGAAACACGGGCUCUGCUCUCCCAGUUCCUGGACCUCUAGUUGGUGAAAAUCCCCUGCAAACAGUUGGAAAAUCAGUAUAAUUUUUUACUAACUUUUUUUUUAAAAAAACAAUAUAAAAUGAGUGAAUAUUAAAAAGAAGAUAGUUGUGGAUCAGUGAAGGAGAUAGGCUUUCAGUUGGAAAUGGUGAUGGAGAAAAGGGGGAGAAGGAUGUUGCUCCUACAUCUUUUUUUGUAUGGUUGGCACUUUAAAAGGGGGCCGUCAUGCUGUCCUGACCCUAGGCGUAAGGGACAGCCAAAUUCAUAAUCUCUUCCCCCUCAUUGCCACAUCACUCUGACCCUUAUGGAAAGUUAAGUCCUUUUAAACGUUUGUUUCAGUUUUUAGAGGGUUCUGAACUGGGCUGUGACCCACAGAAACAUAUUUCAUUCAAAUCUUAAUAGGAGGGGUUGACUUUUUUAUUUAUUUUGUUGUUGCUGUUUCUUUUUAAACUGGUGGUUGUGCAGCUGGACUCUGCACGCGUUGUUGUGAACCUCUGGGAAACCUCACUCCAGGUACGCUAGAGCACCUCGGUCGACCGCCCCUCCUGGAGAGGGGCCCCAAUCCUGCCCUCCCCUCCACGCUGCCUUUACCUUGGGAGCUGUGAAGCCAUCCUCUGCCCCUCCUUCCCCGACCCCCUGCCACCCCACCUUGUCUCUAGCUGUGGUCAAAGCCCUGUAGACAGGGCAGGUCCCUGGGGACAAGUUACUGCAAACACUGCCUGGCAGCAAGUGUUUGUACCGAAAAGCCACUUCCUCACUGGGGAUUCGUUGUGCAAAAUUUGCCCCCCACACCCCGCUGCCCUCCCGAGAGCUGCAUCGUCCAUCAGCCCACCUUCGCGAUCCUAACCCAAUCUCUUCCAUGUCACUGUCGCCCCUACACGUCGGGAGGGAGCCAACAUGGAAACCUGGGAAACACAAGGAAUUUGGAUGAAGCUUUGAGCUGGAGGUGUGGCUGAGCCUCUUAACUUGCCUCAAAUAGAAGAAAUAAUGGUAGAGCCCGUAUUUUUGUGGGGGAGGGAGGGGAAGGGGAGAUCCUUUUAUUUUCUUGAAAGUUAUUGAGCUUGGUGAUCUUCAGAUGAGGUGCGCACUUGAUUUAUAUCAGAUUCUAUAGAGAGAUCACUGAUAUUUUUGGAAAGGGAAUGGGUCUAUGCAAACUUCCAAAAUUGCUUGAAAGAUAGUUUAACAUUUUUUUACUUUGAAAUCUAAAGAUAAAUCUAACUUUUGUCUUAAAAGCAGAAGUGUGUUUAGAAAGAGAAGCUACUUCACUGCUCUAUUUUGAUGAUGAUUCUUGGAAAGUUUAGGCUGGAGGGAAUGACUAUUUUUCACCAUUUUUAUCUUGCUCCUCUAGUUUCAUUUCUUUUUCUAAUGGAAUGCUGUGCCGUCUUUGAUUCAACAGAUUGUGUUUGUAUUUUCUGUAUCUGGUUCCUAACGUAGAGAAAUAACAUAUAUGAGGAAAUCAUUAUAAUGUCAAAUGUUGUUAUGGUUUGGGGGAAAAUAAAGGUUUUUUGGUACUUCAUA